GCGUGUGCAGAUCCAUGGACAAAACGCGUACCCCCUCCCUCUGUUUUCUCCUAACAAUAUCAUUCCCCUUUAAAACUCUCCUAUCAAAGCUCCAUUUCUUUCCCAGAACCAAUGUCUUCAAAACCAGAAGAAGAUUCAGAUUCAGAUAACUUUGAUCGUCUACCGGAUGCUCUUCUUCUCUUCAUCUUCAACAAAUUGCAAGAUGCCAAAUCUCUUGCCAAUUGUCUUUAGGUCUCAAAGCGUUUCUUUGCCCUUAUUCCCUUCACCGACAUCAUUUUUGUCUCAAUCCCAACUCCCCACCACCUGUCAAAACCAUGCACAGCGGCUUCUUAUAUUAAUACCUUGAGACUUCUUGUCCAUAGCUUGUUCCUCAAACCACUAAAAUGUUUCCAUCCUUCUAUGGCUCCGAAGUCAGCAUCAAGGUCAUUCGAUAGUUCACAUCAUCAGCCAAAUGGAGUUUUGAAGAAUUUCAAGGAAAUAAAAUCAUUGCAUUUAGAGCUUCCAUCACAUGGGGAUGACUUGGGGUCAGAUUGUGGAGCUUCUUUCCUUCAAUGGAAAGCAGAGUUUGGUAGCAACUUGCAGACUUGCAUUAUUCUUGGAGCGACAUCUUUUGAAAGAAGUAACAAAUUUUCGUCAUCAAGCUUUUGCUUCCAACUAAAAGAGCAGGAAUGCAUGGAGCAGACAUUAACCGAUGAUGAGCUGAAACUACGAGUUAUAUGGACCAUCUCUUGCUUGAUUGCGGCAUCAACUAGGCAUCAUUGGUUCAAGAAAGUUUUGGCUGACCAUCCAAUUCCAAUGCUUCAAAGACUGCUGAUUUCUGAUGCAAAUAAGCAAGGGAAGCUUCAUAUGGGAACAGAAGAGCUGGUUCAGCUUAGGAAUUCCAUGAACUCACAACAAGAAACAUUAGAAUCAUCAACAUUGGAGAGGACCCCAGUUCCAGAAUUGAGCAUGAAGCUAUGGUACUUGCCCGUGCUGGAGUUGCCAGAGUCAGGGUAUGUGAUGAGAGGGGCGACACUUGUCCUUACCAGACCUGUUGCGGGGACGACUGAAAGGGGGAAUAGUGAUUUAACAGUGGGGAAGUUGGACUUGGAGGGAGAUGGGAAGGCUUUCAGCGAAGCUCUAAGGGCGAUGAUCAAAGUGAAGAAGAGUUACGUGAUGACAAUGAGUUCCUUUUGAGAUGUAAAAUAAUAUAUGCAACGCUAAAGAUUCCAUUCUUAAUACAGAGUUGCAAUUCAAACAUCUCUUUUCUCUAUAUUUCUCCAAAUAUAAUCCAAAAAUAUAUUAAUGCAAAUUGCUAA